AUGAAGUUCUCCACUCUCAUUGCUGCUGCCCUCGGCGCCGUCGCCACCGCGGCUCCUGCCCCUGCCGCCGAGACUGCCGCCCUCGAGGCGCGCAGCUCGUUCGACUUUGGCCAGCUCAACAACCUCGUCUUCAAGCAAAACGACUUCAACUACCUCCUCAACAUCAACUCGCUCGACCUGCAGCUCUUCCAGCAGCUGGGCCUCAACAACAACCUCAACCUGCUGCUCUUCCAGGAUGUCUUCAACGUCAACAGCUUCGACCUCAACUCUCUGCUCCAGUUCCAGCAGCUGCAGACUCUGCUGGCCAUUGCUGGAACCGGUGCUCUCAAUGGCUUUGACCUUGGAAGCCUGGCCCUUGGCGGUCUCAACUUCGGCCUUGUCAACGGCAUUAGCGGUGUUGAUCUGCGCCAAUUCGUCAGCUCAUCGUCGAUCCCCGAGAUUGAGUCCAUUGCUAAGAAGGUUUCCACUCCCCUUAUUGGUUAA